AUGUCGUCCUCGUCGUCGCCGCCGCCGCCGCCGCCGCCGCCGUCAUCCCCCCCGGUGGUGCUCAAGAAGCCCGUCAGGCUGGCCUGCGUCCAGCUCGCCACCGGGCCCGACAAGCGCGCCAACCUCGCCCGCGCCGCCGCGCAAGUCGCCGCGGCCGCCCGGCGCGGGUGCGGCAUCGUCGUCCUCCCCGAGUGCUUCAACUCGCCCUACGGGUGCGAGCACUUCGCCGCCCACGCCGAGACGCUGCAGCCGUCGCCGCCGCCCGAGGCCCAGGCGCCCUCGUUCCACGCGCUGCGCGCCAUGGCCGCCCGCCACGCCGUCUACCUCGUCGGCGGGUCGGUGCCCGAGCGCUGCCCCCGCACCGGCCGCCUCUUCAACACGAGCCUGACCUUCGGCCCGGACGGCGCCCUGCUCGCCGCCCACCGCAAGGUCCACCUCUUCGACAUCGACAUGCCCGGCCGCAUCGCCUUCCGCGAGUCGGCCGUCCUCAGCCCCGGCAACAAGCUCACCCUGGUCGACCUGCCCGACUACGGCACCAUCGCCGUCGCCAUCUGCUACGACCUGCGCUUCCCGGAGCUGGCCGCCGUCGCCGCCCGCCGCGGCGCCUUCGCCCUCGUCUACCCGGGCGCCUUCAACCUGACCACCGGCCCGCUGCACUGGCGGCUGCUGGCCCAGGCCAGGGCCCUCGACAACCAGAUCUACGUGGCCCUGUGCAGCCCCGCCAGGGACAUGGCCGCCGCCUACCACGCCUGGGGGCACAGCAUGGUCGUCGACCCCAUGGCCAGCGUCCUGGUCGAGGCUGGCGAGGCCGAGACCAUUGUCGAGGCCGAGCUGCGCGGCGACGCCAUCGUCGAGGCCAGGACCCAGAUCCCCCUGACCAGCCAGCGCAGGUUUGACGUGUACCCCGACGUGAGCGCCGGAAACGUGCAGUUUGAGGAGCCGAGUUGA